AAGCAUCUUAACCGAAGUCUACAGAUAGCAAAGAUGGGUACAAGAGCAUGUGGUUUCGUAAUAUUUCGUCGAUUUAAAGGUCCAAUAGAAUAUUUAUUAAUGCAAACAUCUUAUGGUGAACAUCACUGGACUCCGCCAAAAGGACAUGUAGACGAAGGUGAAUCUGAUAUGGAAACCGCUUUACGAGAAACUAAAGAGGAAGCAGGAUUAGAUAAUGAAGAUUUGAAAAUUUUUCAUGAUGCUAAACAAGAAUUAGUUUAUAAUGUCAAAGGAAAACCGAAAACUGUUAUUUAUUGGUUAGCUGAAUUAAUUAAAGAUCGUGAAGUCAAAAUGUCACAUGAACAUCAAGAUUUCGCCUGGUUAACUAUUGACGAUGCCUGUCAACGUGCUGGUUAUGAAGAGAUGCAGAAAGCAUUAAAAUCAUUUUCAGAAUACAUUACAAGUACUAAUUUGUAGAUAAUUAAAUACGUAAUUUUUACAUGCAAGAAUCUUCUUGAUUAAAAUAAUUUUU